AUGGCUGUUGCACAACAGCAGAGAGAUAACAGCAUUGAGAGACACAUUGAUUCUUCUGGGAAAUAUGUGCACUACACUGCUGAACAGAUUGAAGCUUUGGAGAAGGUUUAUGUGGAAUGCUCUAAGCCAAGUUCCUUGAGAAGGCAACAGCUGAUUCGGGAGUGUCCGGUUUUAGGCAACAUUGAGCCUAAGCAAAUCAAGGUUUGGUUUCAGAAUAGAAGGUGUAGAGAGAAGCAGAGAAAAGAGGGUUCUCAGCUUCAGACUGUGAAUAGGAAACUAGCGGCAAUGAACAAGCUGUUGACGGAGGAAAAUGAGCGGUUGCAGAAACAGGUUUCGGAGCUGGUGAAUGAGAAUGGGUUUAUGCGCCAGCAAUUGCAACCCGCCGUCUCAGCAGCUCCAAAUGCUGAUGGCAAUGGCAAUGAUUCUGCGGCUGCUACUCCUCGGAGUACCAUGAGAGAUGCUAAUAGCCCUGCUGGAUUCCAAUCAAUUGCAGAGGAAACAUUGACAGAGUUCCUUUCAAAGGCUACAGGAACUGCUGUCGAAUGGGUCCAGAUGCCUGGGAUGAAGCCUGGUCCGGAUUCGGUUGGGAUAUUUGCCAUUUCUCAAGGUUGUAACGGAGUGGCAGCUCGAGCAUGUGGUCUUGUUAGUUUAGAACCUUCAAAGAUUGUGGAAAUCCUUAAAGACCGCUCAACUUGGUUUCGGGAUUGUCGGAGUUCAGAAAUGUUCACAAUGUUCUCAACUGGAAAUGGAGGGACAAUUGAACUUCUUUACACACAGACAUAUUCUCCAAUGACGCUGUCUACUGCUCGGAAUUUCUGGACUCUAAGAUACACUACAAAUCUUGACAAUGGAAGUAUUGUGGUGAGUAUAGUUGUAGUAUAA